UCCAUUCUUGAGGCUGCCAAGGUCCGCCUGGCCGACCCGGUGAGACUCUCCGCCAAGCGCGCCAAGGGUCAUCAGGCCCGCUGCUGCAUCUGGAAAGCAUCGAUCAACUUUCCAAUAACGAACACUCUAUCUGCUAAAAUGAAAUAAUGCCAUCCUGCAGAAUUGUUCCCCCACCUUCUGGAUCUAUCUCACCUAUCAAGUUUUCCACAGAGAACGCCUUCUUCACACUACACGAAGAAUGGGAAGGACCUUAUUCAGAAGGUCAGACUAUUGCUCGAUGUCAUGGUCUUUCACCGGGACGGCCGGUUAUGGAGGAUGUUCAGGCCUGGACUACGAUCUUUCAGGCUGUUGAUCGGUUUUAUCUUUGGGAUGGAAUGGAUGAUGGGGUUUUUGAGAUUGCUUUGAGGGAUAUUAGGGAGAUUUAUUUGGUUAUUUCGCAGUCGAAACUGAGGGAGUUGGAGAGGGAGCGUGUUACUCGGAUUCUGGCGUAG